AGAGCACACCGUGUGGAUUACACAGAGGACACAGAGGGAGUUUAGCUUGUCUUCAGCGGAGCGAACAGCCCCACACACACUUUGGCAGCAUGGGGAGCAGCAUGUCAUGUGUCCCCCAGCACAAUUUCAGGUUCUCCAGCAAGAGUUUUAUACGCAGGAACAGCAGUCGCCUGUUUCGCAAGAAGAAUCCUCAAGAAGGACAGGAGAAGUCCAACAGCAUCAUCAAUAUUCUCUGCACUGUCACCCCCAGGAAGGAAAUGUCCCAUAAAGACCUGCAGACAAUAGAGAACAUUAAGUGGGACCCUCCAUUUCCCUAUGAUCCGGCCAGCGGCUGGAAGAAGAGCAGCAUCAAUGUGAAGAACUACGGAAGAAUGAUCCACAGCUCCAAAGUUCGCUUCCGCUUCCUCCACUGCCAGGACGUGCAUGACUGCUACCUGACCGACCUCUUUCAGACACACCUCCAUUUUGUCUCAAACAACACAACGGGGCUCACAUAUCAGGGCACUCUCCCUCUGAAAGAGCUCACUAUCUGCAACCUGCAACAGAACUGCAACCACAGCCAACCCCAGGAAUUUGCCUUCCAGAUUAAUGGUGUCAGCCUUAACCCCAUCAUCGUCUACUGUGCCAGCCAAGAAGAGAUGGACCAAUGGUUUGGCCUGCUAAAAGAAAAUAUUGAGGCCAAUGGGGGAAACGCCACGGCACAUGAAAGCUACACCAGAGUCAAGGCAAAUCAGGAGGAGAUCCCCGAGGGGAGAGAGGAGCUGAGGAACUCUAUCAACAAAGAGCCCAUCUACGAGUGGGAAGGCUCUCAGCGAGACAGUCUGGGGGUUAUUACCUAUGUCACCAAAGUCCGACUGCAGCACCUCCCCAGCCAGGAGCGAAGUGACAGACUCCUGGUGAUGUACCCAGCCACUCUUAUCAUCCUAUCAGAGGAGAACAACGGACUCUUCUACAAGGGGAAACUUCCACUCAACAUGAUUAGUGUGACCACACCCUGUCAAGACGUCAAACCCAACACCUUUAAGAUUGAAGGGAAGCUGAUCAACCCCAUAGUGGUGUCGUGUCUAGAUGAGACCGAGUUCUGUGACUGGAUCCAGCAUUUCAAAGCUGCUGACGUCCCCGUCCUGAGCCCUCCCCCUCCGGUGUAUGACAUCAUCUACACUCCGACGCAAAGAGAGGCUCCACGGUUUGAUAGGUGGAGUGGGAAUAGCCAGGGACUAAGUGAAUCCUCAAAGCUUAGCCAAUCACAGAGUGGACGCGGGUCUUACAACCUUCAGUUCCCCAGACAUGAAGAAAACCCCCUCUCCCCAGGAUAUGCUGAACCCCUAUGUUACAGUUCCAGCCGGCCCCCCUCGGUUGAGACCGCCCGGCUGGGCAGCAGAAGCAACAGCGUGUCGUCUCACACCAGGCCCGAGCGUGACCUUCGACCUUUGUCGCUUCGCUACUCCUCGCCACAGCGCAACUCCUACCUCCUGCCCUCCGAGGGGCCAGUGCUGUCUCAGAUCUACAGCACGCCCUAUUCGGCCCUGCACCGUGCCAGCCCCCAGCACGUGGAGAAAGCCCCCCUCAUCAAGUCCAACAGCUGGGGCACCACCCAGACAUCCUUCAGCUACUCACUCAAUGCCCCCCAGCACCACCCCGACAUGUGCGCCCCCCGUCAGCCCUUGUCACCCCUGUACGAUGAGCCCUGCACUCCAGACAUGUAUGCUCAGGAGGAGCAAAGCGCAAACAGAUCAUUGCAGCAAAGCUGGCACGGCUGGGUGCAGCAGGGCCCCCAGCUCCUACCCUCCUCCUUCCAGCUCCGCACUCCUCCCAUGGGCAGGCGCUGCAGGAGAAGCCUGGUCCUGACCAACACCCAGGGACAGGCUUUGGGCCACGAGAUGGAGAGCCCUCAAAGCCAAGCAGACCAGAGAGCUGAGGCUGUCUCUAGGUUGAAACUACUGCCCGCACCCAACCCAGUGCAAGAGCAGAGGCUCAUCCCGUCAAGCACCGUGAUGAACACCUCUCAGAUGCCAUAUGGUUACUCACCAGAUCACCAUUCGUACCUUGAACCCACAGAGCCAGAUGACCAGGAAAUGGACUAUGACAACAUUUGGGAGUAUGACUGCAAUACAGGGAUGAUUCAGCCCAUGUCUGGAAUUUCACCACACCGGACGGGAUUAGACUUCGGGGCCAGAGGCCUUGGUGCCAUGGCAACCCAGCAGAGAUGGUCAUGAAACAAAACAAUGGGCCGGCACUCGUCUGGACGUGUGCAAACAACAGAUCUCUAUCAGAGGGAUAAUAAAAACCGGCUAUCACACACUGUCUCACUCCUGCAACAUACAGUGUGCUGCACAAAUCCCACGAAUUGAGUUUGUUAGAUCUUGGGUAUUCAAGCAGAGAAAUGCUCAGUGUGGCCAUGAGGAGGAAUGUGCUACUGCCCACAGACAAAAACCAACACACACCAUCAUGAAAGUGAUAGGACUUUACCACUUGAUGAUUUAUACAGUAUGUAGCAUGGAGGAUGCCUGUAAAUUGUACAUAUCGGAGUGCUGAAGAAUGUUAAUUUUGUAGUAUAGCGCUGUGUGACUGAAUUGCCAGUGGACUGUGGACAUGGGUUGGUUGGAUUUUUUGUAUCUUUAUUUAAGACCAUUUUAUUACAUGCCGUCCUGUUUACUGACUGUUGUAAUGCUUUCCCUUUUGUUUCUAAUUAAAGCUGUAAAAAAAUACAUUCCACCAAGGCACAUUACAAUAUAGUAUGUAGUACAUUUCAGUUCAGUUAUCAUUCUGAACCACAUAAAAAGGUAAUAGAUGUGGCUUGAAUGCCCCCAUGCAAUGUGCUAAUACUAGCUACUUCAAAAUACUGACCUUUGUGUGGCUUGGUCCUUUAAAGCUGUUUGAGGUGUUUAUUUAUAUUUGUGAAUAAAACUAA